CAAUCCCAACACGACUACAUCGACAAUUCUAGCAGAUCCGAUUUAGGCUCUACCUGUGCUCAAGCCCAUGGCUCAAACAAGGAUUGUGGAACAAGCUAACUGGUGCUCGACUGAAAACAUUUGUCAUCUUCGUGUGUGUCUGUAAGAGUCUUUUUACUCGGAACUGUUGCUGUAAAUCAAAAAGAGGAAUUUAAUCUGUUCCAGCGUGAAGACAUGAGCUCGGUCAGAGAGGAAGGUAAAGACCGAAUCAUCUUUGUCACCAAAGAGGAUCAUGCAACACCCAGCAGUGCUGAGCUCGUAGAGGAAGAUCCUAAUAAUGACCCAUAUGAGGAGCGAGGCCUGAUUCUUCCCAGUGGGGAGAUCAACUGGAACUGCCCCUGCCUGGGUGGGAUGGCCAGUGGACCCUGUGGGACUGAAUUUAAGGAUGCCUUCUCCUGUUUCCACUAUAGUAAGGAGGAGGUGAAGGGUUCUGAAUGCCUGGAGCAGUUUAGGGCCAUGCAGGAGUGUAUGCAGCGUUACCCGGAGCUCUAUCCACAAGAAGACGAGAAGGUGCAACAAGAACAAUCAUCUGAAACAGAACAGACCUUACAAGACUCUGCAUCUGCAGGAACAUCAGGUGCAAACUCAACAUCUGUCACUAAGCAAGACUCUGAUUCUACAAAGCCCUACACAGAGGGCUCAGUGGGAAGUUAAUAAUGAGCCUUGGUGGCAAUGUGAGCCACACAGCUUUAAACCCCAGCGGAAAUCCCAUUUAGUCAUCCUUUUUUGCAGUCUGUUUUGUUUUUAUAUACACUGUUAAUAGUUUAUUUUAUGACUUUAUAAGGUAGGGGGGGAAUGUUUUUUGAGUGGAAAGAUCUGUUCUAUUUUGUAUCGGCUUCUCUAAGAGCUAUUGCUAUUGGGUUAAUCCCUUCAUGCAUCCACAGUUGUAAAGAUUUCUUUCGCGCCCGGUGCUCCACCGACCGACUACAUCCUGGGCAUCCCCGUGCCUGUUCAUCCGUUUUAUCUGCACAGUGCAAAUGUUGGUUUUAAAAAAAAUCUGAAAUGCCGAUAUAUUGGCCGAAAUAAUUUAAAAAAGAAAUCCAGAUGCGCGAUACAAACAGAUUUCCCUAACAAGUUAUUUGUAGUUAUUUAUGAGUUCUCACUAAAAUAAUAUAAUUUGUUUUAUUGUCACAACAGAACAGAGGAACAUCAACAUAUAUUAAAGUUCUGAUAAAUAAAAUGUAUAAAAAUACGAACAUAAGAUAUGAAAUUUAAAGUACUUGAACAAAAACACUUUAACAAACAAAAAAAAUCAGUGUUGCCAACAGGAACGUUGUAGAGUGCCCUCUGGUGGACAAACCAUGCGACACCAACACUGAUAACAUGAUAACAUUUUUUUUAAAUAUUCAUUUAUCAGAAUCAUUUUUUUGUCAUUAUAAUUGAUUCUGAUGAAUGAAUGUUUUUUUUUUUUUAUCGGCCAUUUUAAAUGCCAAUAUUGAUAGAUCAGGAAAUGCCUAAUAUCGCUCGGGCUGUAGUUGGGAGCAGAUCUCUGGUCACGCCACUGUAAAAUACAGUGUCUGCAUACUUAAGAGAGGCCCGUGCGGGGCACAGUGCGCGAAAGAAAUCUUUACGACUGCACAUAUGCUUUGCCUAUACUCAUAGAAUCUGGAGUUACAACACCUAACUAUUGUUUUGCUCUCAGUUGCUGCCACUCGCUGAUGUAUGUCAAAUGCAGAUUUGAGUCGCGCAUGCGUCACUCUGCAAUGUGUGAAGAUGUGAGUUGCGCAUGUGUCACUUUGCGACAAGUAGCAUACAACAUGCUAACGAGAUACUUCUGUAAUGUCAAUACAGUAAAAAUUGACCCACUUAACAAAGUUUGUUCACUGCUGGCUACAAGCUAGCAAUCAAACAAAACAAGGCUGUCAGUUGAAUGGCGUUUUGAGGAACGUUAGCAAUCAAUCACAGAUAGCUAAAACGUUUUUGAAAUGAUUCCCAUCUUCUGUUAUUGUUUGUUUUGAGAAAAGUUUAUUAUUUCAUGGAUUUUCACAAAUUUCACAAAAAUCUGAGCAUGCACGACUCAAAUCUGCAAUCGACUUACAUCGGGGAGUGACAGGGGCUGUAGAUGUCUUUGUGUGUUUAACAGCAGAUAGCAGCUGCUAUCUGCUAAAGACAACUGAAACUUACAAGUCCUUUUCAGACAGUGUGUUGUUAGCAAUGAAGAGUAAAGUGUACAACAGCAUCUAAACUGACAGAAGUGAUAUUUGUUUGAAAAUGAACAAGCUGUAGGUCUUGACAUUAACCUUUUUAAGGUAUUCGUCCUUAGGACAAGUACAUUUACCUUUUGCUUCUUACCAGCUGCAAUGCUUUCCAAAACAAUAUAUAGACUAAAGCAGAAGUAAUAUUUCAAUCAUCACUUAUGACCCACAAAAAGUGUGUGGUGGUGUCUGUUUCUGCAGAGACCCUGGCCUCUGCCUGCAUUUUUUCUUUUCUUUUUAUAUUUGACAGUUGGGACGCUUUGGGGUGUCAACAAAGAGCCUUUGGGCUUCAUUUGGGUGUGUAACCCCUAGUAAAUUACAGAACUUUAUUUCUAACCGCCACUUUGCCACUCGCAUCUCAUACUGACGCGCAGGUCUAACUGACACAGACAGACAGAAAUGGACAGGAGGAAGCUCUGCAUUCACUCACAAUCCAAGAACGUGGCACCUUCCCGCUUGCCAGAUUGGGUAGCAGAUUUGUAGUUCCAAUGAGACAUUACAACAGCAAUGAUGGACGUUUCCGCUUCCAACCUGUUGGGGACCAAAGUGGAAAAGUUUUUUAGUGUUGCUUUAACUUUAAACUAAUGCUUGAGGAACUUUUUAAAGGGCUAUCUUUUUUUAGAUAGAUUGAGCAAAAUAAUCAAGUUAAGAGACAGACUCAACCCUUUUUGUUGCUGCUGAAUUUCUUUCAAGAUAGUGGUUCAGCAAGAAAACUGUUCUGGAGCUAAACAGGAAGAUUGCACCAACUGUCAAACAUGGCAGUGAAAGGAUUGCAGUGUAACAUCAUAACUGCUCCAACUCCUGGUGGCCAUGAGAUUUUAUGCCUCGGAUUUUUGCCAGCUAUUAUUUGGCCAUGCCGCUUUUAGGAGAAAAUCGUUUCUCUGCCUGUGUGUAUAUAUAUAUAUUUUAAUUUUUUUUGUCUCAAUGUGCGCAUUCUGUGAUUUACCAUAAGUGUCUGAAACUGUAAGAUUAUUGUAAAAACAUGAUUCAUGCUCCUACAUUUUUCAUUUAUAUUCUCUUGCAUUUGUGCUGUUUUCUUAUGAAGUACAGCAUAUUGCAUUUUACAUAUACAUUUUGUGUCAUAAAAUGUUUAUAUUCAUAUUAACUGUUGAAGUUUAUUUUGGUGAUAUUAUGACGGUUAUGGAUGAAGUUAAAUUCACAGAGGUCUGAAAAAUCUACUGAAGACUAGUCUUGAGUCCACAGCUGCCAUCUGUCCUAUUGGACUGCAUUUCUUCUGCUAAUUUCACCUCAACUGAACUUUGUUAAACCAUUUGUGUCCAACACAGGACUGACUAACGUGACUUGAAGUGAUUAUCACUGAAAGUUUUAUAAUAAAUUACCCCUUAUAAUAAUGGUUGUUGUGAGUUUAAAUUGUUGUUUACCCCUUAUAUCUACUAAGCCUGACAUUGUAAUAAUGACUUUAAAAUGUGUAAACUCAUGAAAGCAGGGGUUAACUCUUUUUUUAGUAGACCAAAAACGAGAUAUACAA